GAAACCAUGGUUUUUGAAAAACCAUGGUUUCUAAAAUUUGGUAUUCACAAACGAUGGUUUCUAAAACCCACGGUUUCAACAGUGGUCUCAAAUGAAACCACGGUUUCAACAGUGGUCUCAAAUGAAACCACGGUUUCAACAGUGGACUCAAAUGAAACCAUGGUUUCAACUGUGGAUUUAACCUCAAAACCAGGGAUUUCCCCUUGUUUACCAUAAACUGGGCAUGCUCAGUGCAUUGAAAACUACAUUCAACAGCUAGUAGCACUGGCAACAUUUUCCUUGUCAAAAAAAACAAAAAAUAGAUCUAGGCCUAUAGCAAUUCCCUCCACCCCCCCCCCCCCCUACAAAAAGUAUGUUCCUGCCUGGCUGGGUUAUGUUCAAUUCACACACACAACACACACAACCACAACACACACAACCACAGCACAUACACACACAACCACUGCAUGCAACUUCACUGCAUGCAAUCUCCACCACACAACUACUGCUGCAACUUAAAAAAUGGCAAAGCCAACAAAGCCUAACCACAAAUGGCAGAACAGUGAAAUUAAUUAUCUGUUACAACUCAUUCAUGAUCACCAUCAAGUAAUUUGUAGCAAGGAGACUCACCAGAGAGCAAAUGAAGCAAAGAAAGAUGCGUGGAAAGCUGUUAAUGAAAAAUUUACACAAAGAUUUGGAGCGAAGUGGACUGUAGCUCAAAUGAAGGAAUUAUGGAAGAGACAACGGAUCAGUGCCAAGAAGGAGUUUGGGGAGUACAAACGAAAAAUACGGCAAACCGGUGGAGGUCCACCUCCAUCUCCACUCAAGGCAACAACCAUACUCAUCAAGGAGAUCCUUCCUUAUGACUUCGUACAACUCCAAAAUCCCUACGAUGACGACGUCGUGCUCGAAAAUGAUGAGGCCAUAUCAGCCCUGGAGUUCAUCCGUGGCAACAAAAAAUCAUCUUCGUCUACCGUGACCGAUGAUGCCAUCUAUGAUGACGAUGACCCAGUCAAAGAUGACAUCCCACAUUCCAGAUCAUCUUUGCCUUCCGUGGCUGCUGAUGCCAACUACAUGCACGACACAGUCCAUGACCUCCUAGAUGAUGAAAUCCCUCAGUACAGCAAUCAAUCUGCAUCCACCUCAAGACCCUUUGCAGCAUCUGACUCUUCUACACGAUUUGAAGAAAAUCAGAGAAGUGUAACACCUGCAAAGAGAAAUUCAACCUCACAAGGUCAAGGGCGGAAGAAGGCUAAGAUGACAGCGGAGGAAGUGUUGAUCGAAAUAUCCAAGGAGGAACAUGCCUUAAGAAUGAAAUACCUACAGGAGGAGCAUCAACUUAAGAUCCAAUUUAUGAGAGAGGAGCAUGCUCUUAAGAUGGAAAUUAUGAACUUGGAAAAAAGUACCAUGGAGGUCAAGUACAAAGGAGCUCGUGGUUUGAAUGAAAAGAAAGAUUAAUAUCAACACAUGUACACUAUUAUUGGCUGUAAUUAACCAAUUAAUGUGUUAUUAUAUACAUAAAUAAAUAUGGUAACUAAGUAAAAGACAAUUAAAAUUUGUACUUCCUUGCUUACUACUAAUUUCAUCAUUAAUUUCCACAGGGUAUUGGCUUUUAUUUCUUAAAGGAGAAUGAAAGCUCAAGGAUUCAGCAUUUGUAAAAACAUGAAAGUCAAAGAAAAAGUGAUGAAACAGAUUAAAUUGUCCAAACAAAGUGACAGUUUUUAGUAUUUGAAUGGUUAGAUCUGCAGUGCUAUAAAUGGUAAGAUGUGCCAUGUCACACUUGAACAACUCUCCAUUGUAAAAGACCAACAUUCUGAUGACUGUACAAGCCAACUGUCUAUGAUGAUUUUACUUAUUUAAGAAAGAUCAACUGGUUUCAUGGAAUUAAUUUUGCUAAAGCUUGUUUAUUUAUACAUUAUAAAUGCACUGAAACAGAUGCAAUACAAGUGCAAAAAGCCAUAUGGCAAUUUACAAUGUGAAAAUGGAUUAUAUUGAUACAUGUACACAGGUAUGAUGUAUGUUCUUGUACAUAAAAAUGGUAUUUAUUUAUUGCUAUGUAUUUACGCUGUAAAAUGUGCUUCCAUAUUUUGUUUGCAUCUAAUUUUCUAAUCAAUUCAUUACAAUGGAAGCUGAAAGACAUUGUAGAUAUGCAUAUCAAACAGUAAUCAGAUGCAUGCAUUUUACAUGCAUAUCUUGGGGCAUGCAGUAAACUUUCUGUGAGCUAUCAAAGUUCUAAUCUUAAGAAUUUGAAAAAUCCAAUCUAAAAUAAGUAAGAAUAUUUCAGACGAGAAAUAAGCGAUUUACAUAUUUGA